GGAUCCAAGGAACAUUCAGCCGAUCGACUGUGAACCGCUCUGUGAAAUAGGCUCAGCGGACACAACAUGGCUCGUCUAACAAUCUUAGCCGGGUUGUCCCUUUUGAUGUGUCUCCAGUUGGUGUCUUCAACCAAACUGGUGUGCUACUUCACCAACUGGUCCCAGUAUAGACCAGGUGUCGGCAAAUAUUUGCCCGCCAAUGUGGACCCCAACCUCUGCACACACUUGAUUUACGCAUUUUCAAUCAUCAGCCCUUCCAACGAACUGGCCCCCUAUGAGUGGAAUGAUGAUGUUCUCUACAGAUCCUUCAAUGAGCUGAAGAACAGAAACCCUAGUCUGAAGACUCUGCUGGCUGUCGGCGGGUGGAACUUCGGAUCAUCACAAUUUACCAUCAUGGUUUCAUCCAAGCCCAACCGCCAGAAAUUCAUCCAGUCUUCUAUCAGAUUUUUGAGACUGCAUGGCUUCGAUGGGCUGGAUCUGGACUGGGAGUAUCCCGGAGCACGAGGCAGCCCUCCAGAGGACAAGAGGAGGUUCACAGUCCUCUGCCAGGAAUUACUCGCCGCCUAUCGAAAGGAAUCCACUGAAACCAGAAAACCACGGUUGCUGCUCACAGCUGCAGUGGCUGCUGGGAAGGCAAACAUCGACAAUGGAUAUCAGAUUGCUAAAGUUUCAAAGUUUUUGGACUUUAUAAAUGUCAUGGCUUAUGACUUCCACGGAGCAUGGGACACGUUCACUGGUCACAACAGCCCUCUGUACCGUGGCUCUGCCGAUCAGGGCGAAAACAUCUACUACAAUGUGGACUUUUCCAUGAAAUACUGGAGGGACCAAGGAGCUCCUCUUGAAAAGCUCUUAAUCGGUUUCACUACAUAUGGACGCACAUUUCGCACAACAACAGCAGGUAACGGUGUUGGAGCACCAGCCAGCGGAGCAGCCGCUGCCGGGCCCUACACCAGGGAAGCUGGGUUUUGGUCCAACUAUGAGAUCUGCACUUUCCUCAAUGGAGCCAGUGUCAAGUGGAUUGAUGAUCAAAUGGUGCCCUAUGCCGUCAAAGAAAAUGAGUGGGUUGGGUUCGAAAACAGAAGGAGCUAUGAACUCAAGGCAAAGUAUAUAAAAGAUAACAAGUAUGGAGGUGCCUUCAUCUGGUCUCUGGACCUGGAUGAUUUUGCUGGACAGUUCUGUGGCGAGGGAAACUAUCCUCUCAUCAGCUAUCUGCGCUCUCUUAUGGAUUCAGAUUUCCCACCUCCAGUUCCUGAAACCACACUUGCACCAGAGAUCGCUACAACCCAUCCCGUCGUAGGAAACCAAACAACUUCUGCCACUGCUCCUACAACUCACACUACCAAACCCACCACCACUCCCACCACCACAACUGCCGCUUCUGGAAGUUUUUGUGCCGGCAAGCCCGACGGCCUCUACAGAAAUGACAAGAAGCCCGGCACCUUCUAUCAGUGCUUCCAGGGAAGAACAUUCCUUCAGCAUUGCCCAGCUAAUCUCAUUUUCAGUGAAAGAUGUAACUGCUGCGACUGGCCUUAAAUGAUGCAUUAAACAGAAAGGCUUCUUUUAUUUGGUUAAAUGGUUA